CCGGACUAUGCACUGUUUCCACGGAUUAUCGGUGAAGUGGUAACAAAACAUCGCGUUCGAGAAUUUCAUCUUUCAUUAACGCAAGGUUUCUGGCGUACCACCGAGUGGGGCCUACCGCCGCAGCCUGCAUCACCGAGUGGUGCUCAGUUGUAUGCAUGGAUUUCUGGAGACAAUGCAAGCGUAGUAGACGAACGUUGGACAAAUUUUGUGAAUUCGAUGAAUGGAAUUUUCUGUACAUCACUCUUGGAUAUGCUACCGAAUUUUGUCUCAACACCACGACUCUCAUUUUCGCCAACCGGCUAUCUGAAUCCGCAUAAUCCUCAUCAAAUCAGAUACGGUGCUUUAUCCGGUGAAACCGUUUGUACGGAAAAUUUUACGCCAUGGAGGAAGCUGCUACCCUGUAAACAGGUUACUUUACAACAAUGA